GGGAGCCCAGUCUUCCUGAGGUUUCAGGGCGCUCGCCCUGAACCGGAGCUGUGAGAAGCGAAGGUAGACGGGGGCUGAACUGGGGGCGCCGAGGUAGAGGUGUGGGGAGAACGAGGAGGACUGAGGCGGACAGGGGCGGGGAGCGGCUGGAGGGGUUCGUGGAGGCUGAGGCAGGGAAGUGGAGGCAGUAGUCGGAGGUCUGGGGGGCCUGAGUAGGAGAGUGGAGAGCCAGAAGGAAGGAGCACGCUGGAACUGAGCACCGGGCACAGGUUGUAGCUGCAUGAGGAGGUGGCGCCGGUGCUGGUGUCGGACCCGGGCUCCGAGGAGGGUCGGAAGGCACCAGGGUGGAGGUCUGCGGGGGACAGGGAUCCCUGAGGUCUCCUGUCUGGGCCGGAGCACGUGCAAGUGGAAUCGCUUAGGUGAGAGCGGUGGAGCCAGAGUUUGAGCCGGAUUCCAGAUCCACGCUGGAGAAUCUGGAGUGCAGUGAACAGACGAAGAGCGUGGACAGGAGCCGGCGCCCGGGGGCCCUACGUUGGGAGAUGCGGGUGAGCCUGGGCGCUCUGGCGGGCGCGGCGGCGCUGAGCGGAGCUCUGAGCUUCGUGCUGCUGGCAGCGGCCAUCGGCACCGACUUCUGGUACAUCAUCGACACCGAGAGACUGGAAAAGAGCAGCCCGAGGAUGCGGGACCAGGGACCCGCUAACCGCAGCCAGUCCGAGCCUCUGAGCUCCCACUCGGGACUCUGGAGGACUUGCCGGGUCCAGAGCACCUGCACGCCACUGAUGAACCCUUUCUGGCAGGAGAAUGUGACGGUCAGUGACUCCAGCAAACAACUUCUCACUAUGCACGGGACUUUUGUGAUCUUGUUGCCACUCAGUCUGAUCGUGAUGGUGUUUGGGGGGAUGACCGGGUUCCUGAGCUUCCUCCUCCGAGCUCACCUCCUCCUGCUGCUCACAGGGACCCUCUUUCUCUUUGGAGCCAUGGUGACCCUCACUGGAAUCAGCAUCUACAUUGCGUACUCGGCAGCCGCCUUCCGAGAGGCAAUGUGCCUCUUGGAGGAGAGGGCCCUGCUGGAUCAGGUGGACAUUCGUUUUGGCUGGUCCCUGGCCCUCGGCUGGAUUAGCUUUGUAUCUGAGCUGCUCACUGGGGUGGUCUUCCUGGCAGCCGCGCGCGUGAUCAGCCUGAGCCAGAGGCAGGAGCAAGCCAUCUGAGUUUGGCCAACCCAGGAGGCGCAGGGCCCGAGACCCAUCUCAGUGGAUGGCGACCGUUUCUUCCCCAAAUAGAGGCCAGAGGGCCAGUGGUGGCCCGCUGAGGAUGAGCGCCCUCUGGCUGCUGUCUUUGUGCUAGCUGGGCUGCCCAUUCUCCUGUGCUGUGUGCCUC